AUGUCGAACCUUUCCUUAGAAGAAACAGCCACAAUGGCUUACAGAAAUGAUGAUUUCCUCCAAAUGAACUUGCUAACAAUAGGAAACCUGUUUAAUUCCUAUUUUAACAACAGUCCAUUUUAUGAUCCAACUUGUUUGAAUGAACAAGUCAACAGAUAUGAAAAAUUCACUGAUAUUUUCGAUGAAAAUGGUAUCACAUAUAGAUUAACAUACGUUCAAAUCCAAGAACCGAAUUUUUUGAAGACACUUGACCCUGCAAACCCUCCUAAAGAGCUAAUCUUGGAAACUGAACAGGAGAUAUAUGCUCCUGAAAAAGCCAACUAUCCGAUUACGACAGGACUUUGCGUAAUUUCAAAAUACAGAACAAGACUUCAAGAUCAUGGCGAACCUAUCAAGGAAUUAUUAGCCCAAUAUUAUAUGAUUGAUGCUACUAUCUAUCAGGCCCCGGAUUUGUACUCUUUAGUCACAUCCAAUUUCAGAACCGCGAUUUUCAAUUUAAGAGAAGCCAUUCGUGAUGCUGACUCUGCUUAUAAGUGGACACCGGAAAUGAGAUACCAAAAAGCAAACGUCAACAUCCCAACAAAGCCACCUUUCUUAUUUGGAGCAUAUGAAAUGGAAAACAUCAUCGCAGAACACAGCAUUGAAAAAGAUCUACAAAAAUACUUCAUUGGCCAAGUAAUUGCUCAAUUACCUCAAUAA